AUGGGGAGAAGACCUGCUAGGUGCUAUCGCCAAAUCAAGAAUAAGCCAUACCCAAAAUCACGGUUCUGCCGUGGUGUACCGGAUCCCAAGAUCAGGAUCUAUGAUGUAGGGAUGAAGAAGAAGGGAGUUGAUGAAUUCCCUUUCUGCGUGCACUUAGUCAGUUGGGAAAAGGAAAAUGUGUCCAGUGAAGCACUUGAAGCUGCUCGUAUUGCGUGCAAUAAGUACAUGACCAAAUUUGCAGGAAAGGAUGCUUUCCACCUGAGGGUCAGGGUCCACCCCUUCCAUGUCUUGCGUAUUAACAAAAUGUUGUCAUGUGCUGGAGCUGAUAGGCUCCAAACUGGCAUGAGGGGUGCUUUUGGCAAGCCUCAAGGUGUUUGUGCUCGUGUUGCUAUUGGUCAAGUUCUCCUCUCUGUUCGCUGCAAAGAUAACAACAGCCACAAUGCCCAGGAAGCAUUGCGCCGUGCAAAGUUCAAAUUCCCUGGCCGUCAAAAGAUUAUUGUCAGCAGGAAAUGGGGGUUCACUAAAUACAGCCGCACUGAUUACCUGAAGUGGAAAUCUGAGAAUCGUAUUCUAUCUGAUGGUGUGAAUGCUAAGCUUCUAGGAUGUCACGGGCCACUGACUCAGCGUCAACCAGGAAGAGCAUUUUUAUCUCAGGCUGAAUCUGCCUAG